AUGCCGUAUCACCCGAUUGUGCGGAAGGACCUUGAAAAGUACCUUCCCAAUUUUGAUCCCACCGCUGACCCUCAAGUGGGCGAAUGGGUGCUUGUCAGCCCACACCGCCGCGCUGCGAUCGUGGACCCACUUAUACAUAUGUCAAUGCAACAGAAACUGCAGCCCAUGUACCCCUUCCUCGAUGAGGCAUGCCUGACAGCUGCAGCACCCCCGGAUGCGGUGCUGGACCCAACAGCAGGGUCAGCUGCUGCUCCCACGGACCCUUGCCGUGUAUUCCCAACAAUAGAAGAAGUACGCAAGAAGUACCGCCGUCACCGCCACCAUGGAUGCAUGCCUGGUGACAGAGGCGGGAAGACAGGGACAGUGAAUGAGAAACAGGAAGAGAUGGAGGAGGAAGAUGAUGACACGAUGCUGUACCUGAAUCCACGAGCACUUCUUUUGACACCUUGUGCUCCAGCAGUUUUUGGCGGCUCCGACUUCAUCGAGGGAUUGGACAAAGACACCGGACGGGUGGUGUUCGUGCACUGGCGGACAGGUGAGGUACGCAGCGACACCGCAGCGUUGCAGCCGCGGCCAAUACCCGAAUGGGCGGAGGAGGUGGCGGAGAAGGCAAUGGCUGAGUUUGAGUCGUGGCAGCGGCUUCAGAUUGUCACUUCGUGUGCACAAAAAAAAGAAGAGGAUGACAGUGACGCGCCACCGUUGCAGAGAGUGCGAAUUCAAUGA